CACAGAAAAAAUAGGACAACAGCGAAUUUCGCUCUUUUGUGCUGACGCGGACAAUGAUGAUGAGGUUGCAGUCAGUGAGGUGGUGGUGGUGGCGAGUUGCUGUGGUUGCUGGCCUGCUUUCUGCGGUGAGCUUUGUCGACACAGCCAGUGGCACAGAGGGCGAUGAUGUGCUUGGGUGCGGAGGCGCAGUUCUGUCACCGACGCCGAUCAACUUUGCAGCCGUGGAGGUUGUAUUGCUUCAGGAUGGAGAGGAGCUACAACGCACUGAGUGCGCCCCACACAAUGGCUAUUACUUUCUUCCCAUCGACAAACCCGGAACGUAUGAAUUGCACAUCGACGCUCCAGCCGAAUGGAACUUUGAUUCGAGGCAGGCGACCAUCGCCUUCAAUGGUGAGAGUGACAAGUGUUCGCGAGGAGAGGACAUCAACUUCUCCUUCACUGGACUGGACGUGAAGGGACAAGUUGUGGCUGAAGCAACAGACAUGGGCCCUGCAGGCGUCGAGGUGGCGCUACAUGCUAUCGAAGAGCAGGACGAUGGAACGCCUCUUAUCGCUGAUGAGCACCUGCAAACGACCCUUACUGACAAACAAGGCCAUUUCACGUUCCACGACGUGCUGCCUGGGACGUAUGCUGUGCGCGGGCGACACGAGCGGUGGUCCUUCAGCAAACCAACUCAACAUAUCGCCGUGCAGCCAACACGCGUCGACCACCCUGUCCUCGUGCUGUCCGGACAUGACGUCGUGGUUCACGUGCGCGACCAUGUUGGCAACGGCGUUCCUGGCGCCAUCUUCGCCAUCUCAACAGCGGCCGAGCGCGACGCGUGCGAUUCCAUCGACACAACAGCUGUGCAAGCCCACUUUGCAACGAUGAAGGGCCAUGUGUGGUGCACGGCGGUGUCGGAUGCGACCGGUGCCGUCAUCUUUACGGGCGUCAAUCCAGGCCAGCACACCAUCACGGGCGCUGUCCGCGACGCCAGCGGCGCAGUGUAUGGCCUGCACCCGCGCCAGCAGCAAGUGACGGUCGCUGUCGGCGGAACGCAGCCACUGGACGACUUUGUUGUUGUCGCUGCGGCUGUCACCGGUUCAUGCACUACGCCUGCGGGCGACGCCAUCCCAGGCGUACGCGUCCGUCUCAUUGCGCACGGAUCCGAUGGGGUUGAGACAGAGACGGGCACUGACGGCCGAUUUGCAUUUUCACAUGUCAACCCCUCACUGCCAUACGCCGUUGUUGCUUCCAAGGAUGGGCUCGCCUUUGAUCCAAUUCAGGUGACAUUGGACGGGUUCAGCACUUCAAUGCACAUCCAGCCAAACCGCUUCAAGGUGUGCGGCCGGCUCGUGUCUGCUUCCCCCGUCGUCGGCAGCGCGCUCUCCACCGCUGGUGUUCGGGUCGUCGCCCGUUCAUCCGCAGCAGACAGAGCUGUAGAGAGUGUAAGCGACAGCAGCGGGCGGUUUUGCUUUGAACUUCCCCCGGGCGAUGCGUCUUUCAACAUUGCGCCAGUGUCCGCCGCGUACUGGGAGCCGAAACUCAUCGACGUGCACGUGACAGAGCCGCUGAUGCAAGACAAUGAUGAACUUCCAACGUUUCGACAGGUUGUUGGUCGCAUCCGAGGGGUGGUGCGGUGUCUGGAUAAGUGCAACGAUGACAUGCACAUGUCCAUCACGGCCGCUGGUGAGGGCAAGAAGCGGUUCCCCGUGGCGAUUGAGCAGGACGGGACGGCGUCGUUUGCAGUCGACAACGUGGCUCUGGAGGCGUUUUCCGUGAGUGUCUCGAAGCCAACGUGGUGCUUCACGCCCAAGAUGGCGGCGGUGGUGGUGAAGCCGCACGACAUGACUGUUGACGGGCAGCGCGUGGACAGCGUCGACUUUGAGCAGAGGGGAUACAGCCUCAAAAUCACCGCGUCGCACGAUGUGAACGUGAGCAUCAGCCACAAUGCACAUAAGGACGCCGAGGUCGUUCUCGUGGCAAAGGGGAAAUCACGCAUUUGCCUCCAGAAUCAGGGGGUGUACACCAUCACCCCGCGCUCCUGCUUCCGGUACAACCAGGACAGUUUCGUGUACGACACAUCAAACCCGCAGCCCAUCGACCUCACCGCUCACGCUGUGACGUUCACUGGCACCGCGCUGCUGCCCAAGAUGUGCUCGUCGCUCACAGCAGAAGCUGUGGACGAUGAGGGCACCACUUGGCCAGGGACGACGGCCUUUGCCGGCAAGCGAGAAGACGCAUUCCAAUAUGAGUUUUCUGUCGUCGUUCCGCUCGGUAUCAACGCACGCGUCGUUCUCUCCGGCUGCCGCCUCUAUUUCUCCCCGCCCUCCACACCCUUGACCCUCCCGGAGAGCGGGUGUCCCGAACCCCUGGCGCCGUUUCAUGGAAAGGAGGGGAUCCGCGUGUCUGGUCACGUUGAUCCCCCGCUUGCAGGCGUGAACGUCACACUCUCCACUGCCUGCAAGGAACGCCGCCUCGAAACAACACAAUCCUUCACCACAGCCAGCGAUGGCAAGUUUAUUUUUGGACCCGUGUCCGACGAAUGCAGAGUGCAGCUCAGCGCUGAAAAAGAAGGAUAUGAACUCAUCCUGGCCGAGGGCGAAACGAACACAUUCAAGGCCAUCAAACUCGGUGCUCUGGAGCUUUCCGUCGCCACCCCGAGUGGCGAACCAGUCAAGGGCGCCGUGUUGACAGUGACGGGCGGGACAUACAGAAAAAGUCGGGCCACGCGAGACAACGGAACAGUCAUCUUCAAGCACUUGAGACCGAUGCAGUACUUUGUGAAGCCGCUGCUGAAGUCGUUUGUGUUCCGGCCCGCGUCGUCGCUGGUCAACAUGACCGCAGGACAGCUCGUCCAUGUCUCCCUCACCGCCGUCCGCUCGUCGUUCAGCGUGUGUGGACGUCUCAAAACACCGAGUGGCAGCAUCGAGAAUGGCCUCAAGCUUGCAGCGACGUCACUUCAAGAUGGCUCCGUGGUUCGUACGGGCACAGCCAAUGCCACAGGACACUUCUGCAUCGAAGACCUCCAUCCCAACACGACUGCCCGCGUUGUUCCUCUUCUCGAGAACAAACCGACACUCACCACGCGCCCAACACACAUGGACGUGCACGUUGGCGAAGCAGAUGUCGACGACGUGAAGUUUAUCGUCAUUCAACACAAGUCGACGUGCGUUGUUGCGGGCACUGCCCUGCAUCUUCCACUGCAGAGCCGCUCACGCAUUCGCGCACACCUUCUCCUCGACGGCGCCAUCUUUGCCUCUGAUUUCCUCUUUCCCGCAACGCAUUUCGAGUUUGAGCUUCCACAGCCAGUCGAGGGUAGCAUCAAAGUACAGCUUGCAGAUCAACAAGGCGUGUUGGUGGAAGCGCCGGUGGAUUCAUGUGAGGGCACCCGUGUGCUGGCCCUCCCCGUCCCACAACACCAGGCCAGCACGACACGCUCCUCAGCAGUUCAAGGAGAACAAGCGAACAUGCGUGUGAACGCAGUGCUUGGUGUUGCUGCCUGCGUGUUUAUUCUCGCCACGGCAGUAUUGCGCCCCCAACUUGCUCGCUUCAGGCCAUGACGUGCCGCGCGCACGAUUGAUUGCACAAUGACAUAUUUCGACAACCCUACGUUUUCCAGACCCCUUCAACUGGCCGCUCUCCUCGGCUGAACCCUCUGUCCAAUUGUGAUACUAGAAGAUUGAACUUGAUUCUGAUGCUGGUUUGAACACCACACACUAAACAACUUCAAAAUGAACGAAACUAUCAAC